CGCAAAAGUCUCACAAAUUACGCUUAUGAUAACAUACUGGUUCGGAUUUUUGUCUAUCUGACUUAUGCUGUCUUAAACUACCCGGCAGCUUAACUGCACUUAACCACAGCGCAGUUAACUGGCAUUACACCCACAUAAUUUUAUAAGAAAUUAUUACCGACGUUUGCUAGUCAUAUUCCUUGUGCUCUGGCUUUGCUAGAUAUCUUACCACCUAUAGAUUUGCUCUGAGGUUUGGGGCUCGCCCAACGCGGUUUUAAGAGCUUUUAGUAUUCACCACGAAUUUCUAUUUGUAAUGACUGCUCGAUCUAACUCGCCAUCGCUCUUUAUGCCUGUGUUUGUCACGCUGUUGUUGGGAGUAAUUAGCCUGGUUGCAGGACAAAGCCCCAACAUGACCACGCUUCCCACCUGCCCAGUGCAGGCGGACUUGUCCGUACUGUGUCCCCUCCUCCCGAAUCCCAUCCCGCCGUGCCCGGAUAUGUGCCCGCCCUACGGCAGCGAUUGCCCUAGCUAUCCGACUGCCCACUGUGUCACCAAAUGGUGUAGUGAUUGUACAGAGCGCUGGUAUAUCCUUGGUGCAAACAGCGCCCGCGUGGGUUGGUUCCAGGUCACGGACCAGUGCAACACCACAUCGGCUCCUACCUACACUGCUCUGACCCCCCACCCGGGCUGUCCGGCAGUUACCGGUUGUCCACCAAACAAAGCGUAUUUCCUCUGUUCGCAGGAGCCGUGCGCUUGUCAGACGUGUGCGCGGAUUCCCUCGGCUGUGUGUUGUAAUAAUUUUUGUAACCAGUGCGGUUUUGCGUUCUACGACAACGGUGUUGAUGUUACAUCCUCCUGCUAGCCUUAAUCGACCUUACUUCAUCUUAAACCUUUUUUUCCUCUUUUUUCGUCGUAUCGCAACAGCCGUAGUCUUGAAUUUCAAAACGUUUUGAGUAUUUUAUCUGCCGUGUAACAAUGAAAUGAAUGAAUACGAGAAGGAGCCCUAAUGUUUUUGUUGAGGAUGUAUGGAUAUAUACUUAAUUGUACGUACUGAUUGGACAAUCUGUAGAGUACGCACGGAAGAAACAAUCAAUGU